AUGAAGGUUCAGACACGCGUCGCGGUACGAGAAAAGCCCGCACGUGGAACUGAGGCUCUAUCACAGAGCCAGGCGACCGCGGAUGGUACGAGCGAGGUGGGAACCCAGCGACAGAUGCUAGCUGAUGCUGUGGCUCAAGCAGAAGCAAGCACUAAGAAGGCCUUACUUCUCAACCUCAGCGGGAUCGAGCAAAUGUACGAGAAGAACUUGCGCACCGCGUCUCAAGCCUUCCAGCACGCUUUAUCUGCCAUGGAAAACAUUCCCGCUGUGAUGAUGAAAAACCAACAGGUGCUUCACUCUGCGGUCGAUCCAGGGGUGCUCCCACACGUUCCGAAGUUGCAAUCUGUGAUUUCAUCCAAUGGUGGUUUUGUACAUCUUGGCCUGUCGCGAGUGUCCAGAGCUCUCAAAGCGGUUGCUGAGGCAAAGAAACUCUGGCCUGGAAGCCCUUUUGCUGCCCUCUUAGAGGCGAUGUGUCUAAAACAUUCCGGUGAUUACGAGACCGCAAUAACAACCCUCACGCGCGUGGAAGCCCAGAUGCGCCGACCCCCACGGCGGCCGCAAGACGGAUCUGAGGAAAGGCAGCACCUUACAGAUGCAGGCGAGGACCCAGACGGACUCCGUGCGUCUGCUUACCACUCGGGCGCGCGUGCAGGGUCUCGACUGAAUACAGAAGCUGAACGUUCUCAGCGGCUAUUGACGAAGACUUGCGUUGCAUUUGAUACGGACUGCCUCCAUCUCUUGUAUCCCGAUGUUGCGGUGAGCCAUUCAGCAGCUGCGGUGUUGCCAGAGUGGCGCUGUAAGGCAUCCCAGCGUUCAGAAGGAAGGGACGAGCAGCCCUGUGUGGCUCAAUCAAGAUGUCGCGCCGCUCAAGGCGGACUGCCGGUGAUCGACAGCACAAGGAGGACCAGGAGUCCUCCCACACAUGAGGAGACUCAGAGGGAGGCAGACUUCCCUGUAGCCGCUCAAGAAAGGAGGUCGAUGUUGGACACUAACUCUACUCUUGCCGAUCGUUUGGCUGAAGAGCUCGAGGAACUUCGAGCCUUGAGCCGGAAACGGCACCUGGCUGCUAGGGACAUCCGGCGACGGCGUUCUUACGCGGAAAACAUGGCGAUUUUGCACCGUUUGCGUUGCCUGGAAAACGACGCGCAAGUUCAUUCACCGCAGCCACCUGCCGGUAGCAGCUGCAGUCAGGAUGAGAGCGCCUGCGGACCCGAACAGCAAAACCGGGAGCGGAUCCGACCCACCUCUGCUGUAAAACAGGAGAAGAGGGCGCCCCGCCAGGGCGACAUUGACGCUAUAGCUAGGAACAUUUUCUCGGCAGAUACGCGAACGCUACCUAUCCGAUUCGUUGACCGACCCGCCGCCAGUCACUCUGCUGUCACCCAUCUUGCGCAUUCCAGCCGGAGUGACUCUGCUGACAAGCGAAUGGAUGCUGGCGAGAAUCCCCUGCCGCACGACACGCAAUAUGGACGUUGCAGAAUGGACAACAGCGUUCUCUCAGACCAGCGUCCGGUCUUCAAAACGCCCGAUGAAGACAGGCAGACAGAUGGCAGCCAGGUACCGUACGAGAAGGAUUACGCGAAACGAGUGGUGGAGCCAGACGGGUUGCCCCCAGUAGCGAGCCGUAUCAAAACGACAAGCAACACCGUGAAGCAGAGCACCGCAUCGGUGCCCCGUGAUGCUGCACCUUUGCUUCCGACUACCUUUUUCUCUUUCUUGCAACAAUGGAAUACCAAAUGCCUUCACCAGAUGGACUCAGACGUUGGAGAGAAAGAGUCUCCCACAGAUGAUCCAAGUCGUGUAGACACGUGCCGUUCGGCCUCAUCGUGCCAGCGCAUAUCAGAUCAGAAGAGCCUAGGGAAUAGUACAGGAUGUAACGAGGCAGAAGCUAAUAACAAACCCUCCUCGCUCAAGGCUCUCCACCUGCGGGGCGAGGUAGCGUCGGAGUCUCCAGUAGUGUUAAAUCCACAACAGAAAACAAAGACGGAUAAAUCCUGCCCGGCCUGUACCAACGAGAAAGGCCUCCUGCUGGAGAGCUUGGCCAAAGCUCGUGUAAUAGGGCGCCUUUUUGGCGCCUCCCUUGAAGCAGAUUCCCUCAUGCAAAUCCUUCGAGUUUUGCUCGACUUGUUCAAACACGCCGCCGUCAACAGCGGGGAACACCAAACAACUACAGCUCUCUCGCCAGCGAACGGAGAAAACAGCAGUACGACUGCCGCGGCGGGCGUACCUGCAUGGAGCGUUCCUCGCGUUAAAGAGGUUAUCGCUGAAGUGUUAACUCAGCUGAACAGUGGCCAGGCCCGUUUCUGCUCUUUGCUUCUUCAACUCGAACAUGAUGAGCUGAACUGUCUGAUGGAGGCCAUCACCCUUUCUGUGUCUGACAGUGAGGCCAGAAAGGCUGACCAACAGAUCUCCGGAAAGGCCUCCCUGUCUUCGAAAACGGAUUCGUCUUCACCUCCAUCCUGCAAGAGCGGAACUGCAGACAGUAGUGUCAUUCAAAGAGAUAAGAUCCUGAAGGAGAUGUUGCGCCGCGUUUCAAGCCUCAUACCCUCUUAA